CGAGCUGUGGCGGCCCCGCGCCCAGGUGAGGCGCGGCCCGGCCCGGCCCGGCGGGAGGCGGUGGUCGCGGCCGUGAGCGAGCGGUGGCGGCCCUGGGGCCCCGGGACUGUGCUGUACCUGUGCCUCAAUGGAAAAGGUGCUAAAAGCUGCCCACGGCACUAUGGAAACACUCAGACAAAAUAGACAUCUACUGACACCCGUGAGGAAUUGUUGGGCAGAGUGACAGAAAUGAAGAGCUUCAACCAUCGCUUCAACCAUCGCUUCAGUAUGGCGGCAGCUGAAUCUGACAAAGACUCGGGAUAUUCAGAUGGAAGUUCAGAAUGCCCAAGUGCUAUGGAGCAGACGGACUCCGAGGAUGUGCUGAAUGCGCUGUGUUGGAAUGCAGAGGAUGGGCCUUGGCAAUGCCCAAGGACCACAAGCAGCUCCUUUCCUGCACUGUCUUCUAUGGUUGUUAUGAAAAAUGUGUUGGUUAAGCAGGGGAGUUCAUCAGAGCUCCAGUCUUGGACUGUGCAGCCAUCCUUUGAAGUGAUUCCAGCUCAGCCACAGCUAGUGUUUCUUCGUCCAUCAAUCCCACCUCCCAUUAAUCCUCACCCUGUUGGGAAAAAGAGAAAUGACUCCACUAAUUACCUGCCCAUCCUGAAUUCUUAUCCCAAAAUAGCACCACAGCCCUGCAAAAGAGAUCACUCCUUUGAUCAAGAAGAAUGUCAGGAAACCGCUUGCCAUAAACGACUCUGCACAGAAGCACCCAAGAUUGAGACUUCUCCUGGACUGAUGAGCACAGGCUUGCCUACUAGUUCUUUUUCCCACCUACCAGUUAGCUUUAAGACCCCUCAGGAUUCUAGCCAGCAAAGUCCUUCAGCUCUGGUGACAAGUGGAAAACUGUCAGCUCUUCCUGGUUUUCAUCAUGUUUCCAGUGAUGCUCAGAAAGCGCCAGGUUUGACUCCCCUUUUGCCUUUUGGAACUCUGCAGGCAGCAAAGUGCGCCCUUCAUGAGAGCGAGAAUGCGUCACAGACUACAAUGCCUUCUGCAGUGUGGAGCCCUCCGUUGACACCAGAAGAGAUUUGCACUACCCCUGAGCUGCUCUUGCAGCAGCAAAGCAAGUGCAGACGCUUUCAGAAUACACUUGUUGUGCUGCGCAGGUCGGGAUUGCUGGAGAUCACUUUAAAAACCAAGGAGCUCAUUCAUCAGAACCAGGUCACGCAGGCUGAGCUGGACCAGCUGAAGCACCAAACACAGCUUUUCAUAGAGGCAAUAAAGAGCAAUGCUCCACAGUCAUGGGCAGAGCUAGAAGCAUCCCUAACAGGAUCUGAUAAAGCUGAUAGCAACCUCGAAGACCCCACUUAUCCCAACAUGUAGUAAAAAUGUGCAGAGCUGUUGGUCAAGUUAUUUCUGUGCCUCCUUUUUCCUGUCUCAGACUUCUACUUGAGCAUUUUUUGAUUCCAAGAUUUGUAAAGUUGCAUUGCCAUUAACAGUUUGUCUUCAGAGCCAGCUGUGGGACUGGAAUAGCAUGGUGGGUUCCAGGCAGAAUGGGUACUUAGUACUGCAGUGUGACCUUGAAUUUCAUGCUAAUUCUGUGUAAUUCCUUGGUCUGAAGAAGUUUGUAUAUGCUCUGCUAGCAUGUUCCCAUUCUUGAAGUGAAGACAGUCAUUUGCAGUAUUCUGCAAGCAUCUUCUUAUUCCCAUCUUCAUAUAGUUGGUUCUGAGAGUGCAGCAACAGAACAGGCCCCACUGUUGGGCCAUCAUCAGUUCCAAGUAGGUGAAAGGAGUUGGUGUGAGGUGAAAUUAAGUCCUUCUCCCAUCUCCUUCCUUAUUUUUUUAUUUAGAGAAAUUGAAUAGAGAGGAGAAUUUGAAGUUCAGAGUAUGUAUUUUUAGGAAGCGAUUGCCCUAGAAAACAAGAUGAUGGGCUCAGGGUACCUAGAGAUGAAAGAGGCAGAAAAAGUGAAGUCCAAUCGUAGCUUGAGACCAGGAAAAAUGAGUCUACCAGUGACCUUCUCCAUUCUAUUUCCAAUGCUCUAAUAGAGUAAAAAGGAAUGAAAAACUUGCUUUGCAGGGCAGUACCCUCUGACUUAGGGAGAUUUAGCUGGUGGAAAUCUCUCAUAGUCCAUAUAGUACCGCAUGGACUUUUUCUCUGACAGUAUGGAGGUUGGGCUGAAGUGGGUGUGCUUACAGCUAAUGGGCCUUUCUGCUGGUGUAAUUUGUAUAAAUAUAUUUUCAAUAAAUCUGUGAAUAAAGUUCAGCAGCUGGUUAGAAAUCUCCUACUGGGCAUCAGUCCAGACUUAAAUAGUAUUUACUGAACUAGAAAAAUCCACUCUGGAACUCAUACUUAAAUCUGGGGCUCCUUAGAAAGCAUAUCCCUGGAUAAUGGGAAACCUUAACAUCUAUACAAAAAUAAGGAUAUUGCAGGUCUCUGGUGAUAAAUAUGUUAUCAGGUACCAUUCUGUUCAGUUUUCUUAGCUGCCUUUAUUCCUGGGAGCCCUGAUAAAGCUUUAAAACAACAAGGGCUUUCCUUUCUUGGCUGCAAUAUAAUAAAAUAGGUUAGCUUGGAAAUGCAUUUGGAAAAUUAGUUGACUACAUCAGGACCAGGAUAAGUCCAGAUUCUGCGCAGGAUCUGAAAGUGGUCCAGUAGAUUUGAACAGAAAUGUUAGUCUCUGAAUGGAAACUGUAAACAGUGAACUCACGGUUUCUUUUGAUCGUCAAAGCAGCAAGAUUUGGUGUUAACAUGUUAGCUGAAGACAGUCUUGGUCUGAUCAGUCAGAUGGCCUGCUGCAGCUUCAGCUAUUGUUGACAACUUACAAGUGGAGUAGCUUGAUGGGUCAGACAGACUGGUUUUUGUAUUAAGUUUUAAUAAAUGUUGGUAUUUUUGAUUACUUUUAUUAUGUCUUUUUGAAAUUCUACUGUUCUAGUUGGAAUGUAGGUAUUUUCUGUACUUUCAAAGCCCGUUGCUAGCUCUGAAUACAGUAGCCUAACACCUCUGUUAUAGAACAUGACCUUUUUGCUAAAACUUUACAGAAAUUGACUGUGAAAUAUGAAUGAAAUAAAGUAUGUCCUUGAAAAGUU